AUGGAGAAGCUUCCGGAAGAUAUCACAGAAGACAUAUUUUCUCGCUUACCCGUCGAACCAACAUUGUUACGAUGCAAGCGCGAAUGCAAAACUUGGAGAGAGCUCCACAAGAAGUAUAAAAGUGGUGUGCUAUUCGCAUACGAAUCAGAAGGAAAAAUACAACUCUACUAUGGAGAUCAGGAUGAAGUAACUCUUGAGGCAUACUACUCCAACAAAACACUUACGAAGCAUGUUGAGUACAGUUCGGAUGAUGAUAAUUACAUGGUUGGUUCAUGCAACGGCUUGGUUUGUCUUCGCUCUGGUAUUUGUAAUCCCGUAACGAGAGAAUUCCUUCGUUUCUUAGACAGAAAAACACCAGUAUUUAGUGGGCAGCUGCAAGGAAUUGGAUUCGGAUACCUUCCUUCCACCAAUGAGUAUAAAGUUGUCAGAACUGCCCAACUGGGGCCUCAAACCGGAGGCGGCAGGGACAGGGACGUGUUCAUACACCGUGAAAAUAUUAUAGAUAUUUGGGCAUUUAAAAGAAACGCUAUAAGAAUAUGGCCGCAACGCGGAAAAUACUACGACGACAACUGGAGUUGGACUAGAGAUUUCAGACUCCCAACAAUGUUAUUAUCCAGUCCAUUCGCAAUUGUAAAAAGCAAUGAAAUUCUAACACAGGGACAUCAGCAGAAACUAUACUGCUAUAAUGCUAAUACAUCAACUAUAACCAAGUCUUGGGAUGGAGGAGAAAAGGGUACUUCAUGCCUUCGAGCGGUUCCUCACAUCAACACCCUUGUUUCUUUAAAAGAAUUAGGAAUGCUCUGCUACUUAUGGUGA